GGGGGAGUAGAGUGGAGGGGAAGCGGGAGUAGAGUGGAGGGUAAGGGGAAGUAGAGUAGAGGGGAAGGGUGAGUAGAGUGGAGGGGAAAGGGGAGUAGAGUGGAGGGUAAGGAGGAGUAGAGUGGAGUUUAAGGGGGUGUAGAGUGGAGGGGAAGGGAGAGAGAGGAAUACUUGGCAGAUAAUAACGAUGCAUUCGGAGUCCUCUAAUAACGAGAAAUACCACUAUACCUUAAAUUUUUUAAUAGUCUUAUGUCACAGCACUCAUUUCCCUUCAUGAACUUUACACAAUGACUCAACAACACCAACAACAAAAUAGUGCCAAUAUUUUUGAAUUUGAAGCACACAUAGCCCAUUUUAAGACACAAUUAAAUGCUUGUUUUGCUUUACAAAGAGCAUUUGCUAAUUCUCACGGUUCAAUGAUUUGGAGACAAUUACGUGAACAUCAAAUACGUAAAAUGACAAAUUAUGGAUAUGAAAAUAAGGGGUUUCUCGAUUCUGCCGUUACAUUUUAUGCUCAUAUGUUAUACAAUUUGGGGGUUUUGGCUGCUAGAAUACAGGGAUUCGCUUAUGAAAUUCGCAACAAUAAAAGCUUCGUUUCUGGUCAUUCUGAUUUGGUUAAACCUUUAUUGGCAAUUGUAAAUGAACCUUAA